AUGGGCAAGCUCCCAAAAGAACAAGAAGCUCCUGCCGAGCAGUCCGCCGGCCCGGAGCUCCCUCCCCCCGAAUACGCCGCUGCAGCCGACAGCGCCCCCGACACGCCCCCGCCGGGGUACACGCCCGGGCCCUCGCCCUACCAGACGGUGCCCAUCAGCUGGAACCUCUACAGCAAGCCGUACUCGAGGCGGGCCUUCCACCUCGGCCCGCACGCCGCCGCGCCCGUCUACUCGCUCGAGCUGCACACGGGGCUUCUGUCGUCGCGGCCCUUCCUGGUGCUGCGCCCCGGCCGCGACACCACCACCACCACCAAGACAUCGUCGUCGCCGCCGCUCGCGACCGCGCGCCGCGACGCCCCCCGCCACACCACCAUCACCGUCGUCCCCGGCACCUCGGAGCGGCUGACCGUGCACGCCCGGCGACUGACCUUUUCGUUCGACGUCGGCGCUGACCCGCGCCGGGAGGCGUUUGAGUGGCGCAAGGAGAAACGUCGCUGGGCGCUGGUGCAUCUCGCGGCGCACGGCGACGCACACCCGGUCGUGGCCGUGUUUGCGGAGGACAGCAGCAGGAGCGGGACAGAGCUGGCGCGGUUUCGCUUUGUUGGUGCCGGCGCGACGGAUGCGUUUGGCGAGCCGUGGGCGCUGUACGUGAGCAUGACGGCGCUGCGCAUCUGGGAGAUGAUGCUGGGUGCAGGCACUACGGUCUGA